AUGCACAACAUUAACGUUACCAGAGCGACGGUCGCGGACGUGGAACGCGUGGCACCGCUGUUUGAUGCCUAUAGACAGUUCUACCAACAGCCCCCAGACCUGAGCGGGGCCGGCGCCUUUCUGCGCAAGCGCUUGAGCGCCGCUGAGUCAACCUUGCUUUUUGCCCACAACGAGGCAGAAGUGCUGGGAUUUACCCAGCUGUACCCGGUUUUUAGCUCAGUCCGCAUGAGGCGGGAACUCAUCUUAAACGAUCUGUUUGUCAGCUCGGCAGCUCGUCGUCAGGGCGUUGGCAAGCGCCUACUAGAUGCGGCGAGAGAGUACGCGCGUGAGAUUGGUUCGCAGGGGCUGACGCUGGAAACUUCCAGCGACAACCUCAGCGCGCAGCAGCUCUACAUGGCCUACGGGUUCGAAAAGGAUACCGAGCACUUCCACUACUACUUCAAGGUUGAUUAA